AUAUAUGAGUUCAGAUGCUUCCGUGACAAAGACAAUAGGGAUUUCGUUACGUUUGGGAUUCUCUGCUCUUUCAUUUGGUACUUGCCACUGCCGGAGCCUAAUAGUAAUAGGGUCGCAAAUUAGCAGGCAGGCAUCCGCAUGGCUACCGACUUCAAGUUCAUACCCGUUAUCGAUAUAAGUCCUCUUUUGGCCAAGUAUGACGACCCAAAAAUGGCGGAUGACCCAGGUGUAUAUGAAGUUGUUAGACAGUUAGACCAGGCUUGCCGAGAGGCGGGAUUCUUCUAUGUGAAGGGCCAUGGUAUUCCAGAUUCCAUUAUUAAAGAGGUGAAAAGUGUGGCGCACAAAUUUUUCGAACUUCCAUAUGAAGAAAAACUCAAAAUCAAGAUGACUGCAGCAACUGGGUUCAGAGGAUAUCAGAGAAUUGGGGAAAAUAUAACUAAAGGCGUGCCAGACAUGCACGAAGCUAUUGAUUGCUAUAAAGAAGUGAAAGAAGGGAUGUAUGGAGAGCUUGGGAAACCUAUGGAAGGACGUAACCAAUGGCCAUCCAAUCCUCCAAACUAUACAGAGCUAAUGGAGGAGUAUAUCAGCCUAUGCACAGGCAUUCUUUUGCAGGACUACUCUUUUCUUCUUUUCACCUUAUAUUUCAUGUGCUUUCUGCUUACAACUUACAUUUUUUUAUUGCUGUCAGACCUUUCAAGAAAAAUUAUGCGGGGAAUUGCUUUAGCAUUGGGUGGAUCACCAGAUGAAUUUGAAGGUGACAGAGCUGGAGAUGCAUUUUGGGUGAUGCGUAUUAUAGGUUACCCAGGUGUGUCCACAUCAAAUGGUCAUGGCCCAAGAAAUGAUAUUGGAUGUGGAGCUCACACUGACUAUGGUUUGUUGACAUUGGUUAAUCAAGAUGAUGAGAUAACUGCACUACAGGUAAGAAACUUGUCGGGUGAAUGGAUUUCAGCUCCUCCGAUUCCUGGAACAUUUGUAUGCAACAUUGGGGACAUGCUGAAGAUUUACUCAAAUGGUUUGUAUGACUCAACUUUGCACCAAGUUAUCAAUAAGGCUCCAAGAUAUCGGGUCUGUGUAGCAUAUUUCUAUGAGACAAACUUCGACACAGCAGUAGAGCCUUUGGAAAUUUGUAAACAGAGGACUGGUGGAGCUAAGAAGUUCGGAAGAGCUGUGUAUGGAGAGCAUUUGGUCAGCAAGGUCCUAACAAAUUUUGGUUAGGAGCUGAAAUUGUCAUUUUUUUUGUGUAAUAAAUCAAUAAAAUGCCUCAAGCUGAAUUGACGAGAUUAGAAAACUUGAGCUGUGGAGAUGAAUGUUAUGAUAUAUAAAUUGUGUCAUUUGAGACUUGAGUGGUAUCUGUCAUCUGAAAACUGGUCCUCUGUGUCAACUUCUUACUUGGACUUAAGAAUACUAUUUCAUCUGUCAUGGAUUAACGUAA